AUGUGGCAGGACGCUCUGUGGACCCGUGGCCGCUACCUGCUGGAGAAAAACGAUGGCGGCGAAGGGGCAGAGGGGCCCGACAUCCUGGGAGACGGGUGCCCGGGGUUCCAGGGUGAAGUCUGCGUGGAAGGGGAGAAGCCCCAGGACUGGCUUUACGAGUCCUACUACAGGAUGAGCCAGCAGCAUCCACUCAUCGUUUUCCUGCUGCUGAUCGUCAUGGGAACCUGCCUAGCUCUGCUGGCGGUGUUCUUCGCUUCGGGACUGAACACAGAAGACCACUUGACGUUCCUGAUCACGGUGCCAGCUGCUCUCUUCCUCUUCCUGUCCAUUUUCAUCCUUGUCUGCAUCGAGUCCGUCUUUAAAAGGAUGCUACGCCUCUUCUCCCUCCUUAUAUGGGCUUGUCUGGUCACCAUGGGUUAUCUGUUCAUGUUUUCUGGAGGGAUACUCAGCCCCUGGGACCAGGUGUCCUUCUUCCUCUUCAUUGUUUUUGUCGUGUACACCAUGUUGCCCUUCUCCAUGAGAGGAGCCAUAAUCGCCAGUGCCAUCACCUGCUUCUCGCACACGGUUACUCUCAGCAUCUGUCUGGCCACCAUUACAGAACUGGAACAUUUAAUUUGGCAGAUUUUAGCCAAUGUGAUCAUCUUUACCUGUGGGAACCUGGCUGGGGCGUACCACAAACAUCUGAUGGACCUGGCCCUGAAGCAGACCUACCAGGAUACCUGCAACUGCAUCAAAUCUCCCAUCAAACUAGAGUUCGAGAAGCAUCAACAGGAGCGUCUACUCUUAUCCUUGCUGCCAUCUCAUAUAGCCCGAGUGAUGAAAGCCGAGAUCAUCCAGAGGCUCCAAGGACCCAACUUCGGCCGAACGGAGAGCACCAACAACUUCCACAACCUCUAUGUGCAGCGGCACACCAACGUCAGUAUUCUGUAUGCAGACAUUGUGGGCUUCACCAGACUGGCCAGUGACUGCUCUCCAGGUGAACUUGUGCACAUGCUGAACGAGCUCUUUGGAAAGUUUGACCAGAUAGCAAAGGAAAAUGAGUGUAUGCGAAUCAAGAUCCUGGGAGACUGUUAUUACUGUGUGUCUGGUCUGCCGGAGUCGCUGCCUCACCACGCCAGGAACUGUGUGAAGAUGGGCUUGGAUAUGUGUGAGGCCAUCAAGAAGGUCCGAGACGCCACUGGAGUUGAUAUCAACAUGCGGGUUGGCGUUCAUUCUGGGAAUGUUCUCUGUGGUGUAAUUGGCCUCAGGAAGUGGCAGUAUGAUGUCUGGUCACAUGAUGUGACACUAGCCAAUCAUAUGGAGGCAGGUGGUGUGCCAGGGAGGGUCCACAUCUCCUCUGUGACAUUGGAGCAUUUAAAGGGUUCGUAUAAAGUGGAGCCAGGAAACGGACAGAGUCGAGACUCCUACCUGAAAGAGCAUGGAGUGGUCACAUACCUGGUCAUCAACCCCAAGACCGACAGACACAGUCCUCUGUUGGGGGUUCGCUCUCGUAACUCUAUGGACAGUGGGAAGAUGAGAGCGUCUGUCAGGAUGACCCGUUACCUGGAGUCCUGGGGCGCUGCCAAGCCUUUUGCCAACCUCCACCAUCGGGACAGCAUGACUACAGACAACGGGAAGAUCAACACCACUGAUGUUCCCAUGGGGCUGUACCACUUCCAGAGACGAGAAAGGUCCAAAUCUCAGAGGAGGAGGUUUGAGGAGGAACUCAAUGAGCGAAUGAUUCGCACCAUUGAUGGCCUUAACUCACAGAAACAGUGGCUGAAGUCUGAGGACAUCCAGAGGAUCUCAUUGUUCUUUCACAAUAAAACCCUGGAGAAAGAGUACAGAUCCACAACAUUACCAGCCUUCAAGUACUACGUUACCUGCGCCUGCCUCAUAUUCUGCUGUAUAUUCAUAGUGCAGGUCCUCGUCUUGCCCAGAACUGCUGUGCUGGGAAUCUCCUUUGGCCUGGCAUUCCUGCUCUUGGCUUUGAUCCUGCUCCUCUGCUUCGCUGGUCACAUUUUGCAGGGAAGAAAAGGUUCCUCCUGCUCUCUUUCCUGGUUCCCGACUUCCUCCCGCAUCAUUGUCACCAAUAACCCCUGGCUGCGUUUGGUCCUCACCAUGAUGACCACCGCUCUUAUACUGGUGAUGGCUGUCUUCAACAUGUUCUUCGUCGAGGAUCCUGGAGGAUCACCAGAUGUUCCGUCAAGUACCCCGCCUGAAAUGCUGAUCAGCACUCCACCAGUGAAUCAGUCCAAUGACAGCCUGCUGAUGGACGGCCAGGAGGAAAACACAGGAGCAGCCAAGAUUUAUUUGCCAUACUUCAUCUACUGCUGCAUACUGGGCCUGGUGUCGUGCUCGGUGUUCCUCAGGAUUAACUAUGAGCUGAAAAUGGUGGUUAUGCUGGUUGCCUUGGUGAUCUACAACAUCAUCAUCCUCCAGACACACGCCUCCCUGCUGGAUGGGUUUAGCAAAGCGUUGUAUCCAACUGGAACACUGGACAGACCGGGGGUUUUGAAGGAUCUAAAGACCAUGGGCUCCGUGUCUCUCUUCAUCUUCUUUAUUACACUACUGGUCUUAGCCAGGCAGAAUGAAUAUUACUGUAGGUUGGACUUCCUGUGGAGGGACAAGUUCAAGAGGGAGUGCGAGGAGAUCGAAACCAUGGAGAACCUCAACCGGGUUCUGCUGGAGAACGUCUUACCCGCCCACGUUGCAGAGCACUUCCUGGGACGAAACUGGAAAAAUGAGGACCUUUAUCAUCAGUCCUACGAGUCGGUGUGUGUGAUGUUCGCCUCCAUCCCAGACUUCAAAGAGUUUUACACAGAGUCGGAUGUCAAUAAGGAGGGAUUGGAGUGCCUCCGACUCCUCAACGAGAUCAUAGCAGACUUUGAUGAGCUGCUGUCCAAGCCAAAGUUCAGCGGAGUGGAGAAGAUAAAGACCAUCGGAAGCACCUACAUGGCUGCAACUGGACUCAAUGUGACACCGGGACCCGAGUGUGCACAGGAACAUGACAGACAGUACAUGCAUUUAGGCACCAUGGUGGAGUUUGCCUUCGCUCUGGUCGGGAAACUCGAUGUAAUCAACAAACAUUCCUUCAACGACUUCAGACUCCGAAUUGGGAUAAACCACGGGCCAGUGAUCGCAGGCGUUAUUGGAGCUCAGAAACCUCAGUACGACAUAUGGGGAAACAGUGUAAAUGUGGCCAGUCGAAUGGAGACCACCGGGGUCCUGGGAAAAAUACAGGUAACAGAGGAGACGAGUCGCAUCUUAACCAACCUCGGGUACAUGUGCUCAUGUCGGGGCGUCAUCAACGUCAAGGGCAAAGGCGAUCUGACGACGUACUUCGUUCAUACGGAGAUGACCCGAUCUCUGUCGCAGGGGACCGUGAUGCCUUGAGCGAGGCCCGCUUUACUGAACAAACAGACUUCAGAUCGCAGUCGCACACACACAAAGUGGCCGUAGAAGUGAUUUGUCAUGCUCUGUAACUAAAAUCCAUUUCCAGAAGCCCAGAGUACGAUGGAUAGACAAUUGUCGAGAACUACUUUUGUCCUUAGCAACACAAUGUAGAGCAGGGCCGAGGUGCACCGCUGCAGUCCUUCACUGCUGCACUCUGGAUGGUUUUUCACAUCUCGAGUGGAACAAGGACUUUGCUCCGAGGAGUCUGAAGGAGUGCCUGACUAAAGAGAGGUUUGCUGAAUUAGUGCAGCUCUCGAGGACCGCAGUCACCCAUCUGUACAAUAGUAGUGGUGUGGAGCUAAUUACCCAUGCCAGUGUUGCAGUGCUUUCAGAGCCUUAGUAAACUGAGCUGCCUGCCGAGCUGUGUUUUUUUAUAUCUGCUUGGUUGGCUUCGUGAGCCAGUUUGUUCCAUUUCAUUCCAAACGGAUGUUACAAUAGUUUAUUGUCACAUAGAGCAGUUUCAUGCCAACAAAUCGCCAGCGUGAUGGGUAGUUUGCCAAAACCUGUGAAUCGUAUUUAUAGCUUUAGAGCCGCAUUUGUGUCCCGCUGAAGAGUAGGUGGACUCCGACAAGGGAUUCAACAGGAACAUAGACAUUUCUUUUUUAUAAUCCAUCAGGUACCAAACCAACAGCAAUGUGUAUAAAUGUUCACUGCCAUCCUUUUGUUAUCCAUUAAACAUUUGUAUAUA